AAAGUCACAAUUCUGAGUUAUAAAGUCACAAUUCUGAGUUAUAAAGUCACAAUUCUGAGAUAUAAAGUCGCAAUUCUGAGAUAUAAAGUCGCAAUUCUGACUUUAUAUCAUAGAAUUCUGACUUUUUUGCCACUAGAUGGCAGCACCUGACCGCAGAACCUGAACCACGCAACGUGAUGAAUCUGUUACCGCGCUCUUUCAGCACACUUUCACCAUCAACAGACCUGUGAACAUCUCACGUCAAGAAUGGAAGACCUUCUUUGUUUUCUAAGGGAGAGGAAUAUCCCAGAGUCUACUAUACAGAGAAUGCAGGAGGACAAGAUUGAUCCAAGCGUCCUUCUGCUAAUGAAUGAUGACCAGAUGAAAAGCUAUUUGCCUUCCUAUGGAGACAGGCUGGCAGUGAUGGGAUAUUGUAGGAGGCAAGAAAGUGAACCCACUACUAGGAAGUCCAAGCUGUUCGAUCGCCUAAAAUCAAAAUUAAACAAAAGACAAAAAACAAAUAAUUCCGAAACAGAUCAGCAAACAACAAGAAAGAAGAAUGUUCCACCAACAAGAAAAGUGGAGAUUGGGUGGAUGCUCCACGACGGGGAAGGCUUUGUUCAAAUGAGAACCAAAAAAGGAGGUGGAACAAGGAAGUUGACUGUGCCAAGAGACUGGAAAAAACGAGAACUGACUGAGGAGGCAAUUCGUUUAUUUUUCCCAAAUGGAAAAAAUUCUCAAGGCAGCAUUUCUGAAUUUGAAGUGGAUCUAAUGAAUUAUCAGGAAAUGUCAUUAGAUGACAACAGUACAGUAGGGGAAAUGUAUGAUGCAUCAAAACUCACAAUGAUGAGGUUCUACCUCACAACAAAAAAAAUGAAGAGGGAAGCUGUUGUGGAAAUAUCAGAUUCAGACACAGUGGAGGAUGUAAAUGAUCAGGACCAGAGUCUCCCCUCUUCUUCUACUCUAAUAUUUCAGUCUUCAGAUGCCGUGGAUGUUAUUUUUGUGGAAAGUACUGGUUUAAACAGUUAUGAUGUGCCCCGCCUACAUUCCGGAGAGGAUCUAAAUGUUGCAUAUGAUGAUCUCAACGUUUCUUUACACAGUUCCACAACAGCUUUGCUAGAUGCAAGUGAUGAAGUGACAAUAUUAACUGGAGAAAUCACUGAGAUAGAUCAACAAAAUUUAGAAGACACUUUGCCUCUGAGCCCAGAAGCAUCAAUCCCACACAAAAGAAUUCUUGUGAUUCGACGGGGACAGAUAUUUUCUGAACUUAUUUCACACUUCUUUGAUGAAAGCCUUCCACACACACAGAGUGAAAUUGAAAUCAGGCUGCUUCUCCCAAAUGGGCAGUAUGAGAUGGGUCAUGACAUUGGUGGAGUUUUCAGAGAUUGCCUAUCAGAAUUCUGGCAUGAAUUUUAUGAACAGUGCACACUAGGCAACAGCUUUAAAGUACCUUUUCUUCGGCAUGAUUUUGGCCAGGAAAAGUGGGAGAGCAUUGGCCGAAUCAUAUACUUUGGCUGGAAGAAGGAAAAGUAUCUCCCAAUAAAACUUGCACCAGUAAUUAUGGAGCAAGCAAUACAGGGAUCUGUAAGAAGCGAUCUGAUUGUCAACUUUUUAAAGUACGUCUCAGAAAAUGAAUGUGCUGUUUUAGAAACCUGCAGAACAGACUUCUACAGUGUAGACCAGGAGGAAUUACUGGACGUCUUGGACAGCUACAGUUGCCGGACAGUUCCCACGGCAGAAAACAUUGAGCAAGUUUUGCAAGAACUGGCACACAAGAAACUAAUUCAAGAGCCUGCCUAUGUUCUCGAACAAUGGGCAAGCAUACUUAAGCCUUUGAGCAAGGAAUUUGAUGAAAUUGAAGCUGCAUAUGGGGAACUACAGCCAACUGUGAAGAAAAUUGUGAGAUCCCUGAAAUUCCCUGAAACAAUGAAUGCAUACCAAAAAGAAAUUUCAAAGCAUUUGACAAGAUACCUGCGGGAGUGUGACACAAAGAAACAGUCUUUGUUCCUGAGAUUCUGUACAGGCUCCGAUCUCUUUAUCGGCAAAACUAUAACUAUUGACUUCACAGACCUUAAAGGCUUUGAGAGAAGACCUGUGGCACAUACAUGUGGCUGUUUUUUGAUGCUUUCAGUGCACUAUGACAGCUAUCCUGAUUUUAGGUCAGAAAUGAACAAAAUUCUUGAGAGCAAUGUCUGGGUCAUGGACAUUAUUUAGAGGUUAAAUAACUGAAUAUCAUAAGGCCUGCAAAAACACUAUUUGCUUGUGUUCAUUGUUCUGUCAGUCAAUUUGUCAGUCAGGCUUUAAAUUGUAUUAACGUGUUCUAAAAUCAAGUGUUCUUUAUAUGGAUACAGUACAGUUUUGGGUUGCAUUGCUAGUGAACUUCGAUACUGUACUAACAAGUGAAUUGUUUACGGUGGUUUGUUUAAUUACCAUUUAAUAUUUUGUUAAAUACCUUGUGUUACGGUAUAUACAAAUACAACCUGCAUAUGUGGAACCAAUGUGAUGAGUGCACUUAAGAUGCAGUGGCCAAUACAAGUUGUGCAUUAAAUAAUGCACAAUAAAGUUUCAAGUCCUCCUGUCCUUUUUACCACACAUAUUUAUACUUGCAUGUUCAAAAUUUAAAUAUGCAUUUCGGUUUAAUCACCACUAGAAAAGCAGCACAAUUUGUUGAAUCUUGUUAUUCGAUGGCACUUCUAAAAUGGUAAAUGUCAUAUAUUGCAGUACUGUUGCACUGUAAAAAAUUCCGUAGAAAUUACAAUGUUAUUGCAGCUGGGUUGCCU